CCCCUUUAUCGCGUCCAUCAUCCGCACAAAAUGGGCUCUUCUGGAUUUUCUGAACAGCAGAAAGAAGGAAGUAAAGAAAGAAAGAAAGCAAAAGCAGCAACAUUCCCCACUUAGAAGAGUCAAUGAUGACACGACGGCGACCACCCAACCAAAAACCCACUCUACCCGCCACCAUAAAUGGCAUGCAAUGCCAAUCUCUUGUCCUUCUCCGACUCAGACAAAUCCCCCCAUCUUUCCCUUAUCACUUGCCCAGAGACUCUGCCGCUUACCCACUUCCCAAUUUACCCGAUUCAACUCGAUCAGCCUUCGAGUUUCUGUGUUCCUCGAGAGGCAUGGCAAUGGCGCCUAGAGCGUAUGUUAUGGCGCUGGUUCUGUCGGUGGCGGCUGUGAUUCAUGCCCAUGGAGCCGUUCACAAGGUUGGAGACUCCGCCGGCUGGACUACGAUUGGGAGCCCCGAUUACAAGCAGUGGGCUGUCACUAAGACCUUCGAACUCGGCGACGUCAUCCGUUUCGAGUACAACCCACAAUUCCACAACGUGAUGAGAGUGACACACGCCAUGUACAGAGCCUGCAACACCACAGCUCCACUGGCCACGUACACCACAGGGAACGAUUCCAUCACCAUAACCACCCGCGGCCACCACUACUUCAUCUGCGGCGUCAAUGGCCACUGUCAGUCCGGCCAGAGAGUCGACAUCAACGUCCUUCCCACCACCGCGACACCUUCAUCUUCUCCCGCUUCUUCCAUGGCAGCCCCAACUCUGUCUUCUGCACAAUCCCCAGGCCCUAGUUCGAACACCGCGGCCUCUUCCAUGGCUUCCAUCGCUCAAGCGCUUCUCCUCGCCAUGGCAAUCCUCUUCCACGUCGGAUUUGCCUGAAUUUGGCGCCAAUCCGUCCAAAUGAUGUACACUUCAGUCUAGAUUCCCACCUUCCCUCACAGUUCCUUCUCUGUGUACUAAUAAUAAGCCAUGGUAGUAGAGAUAGCGAGGAAACAGAGACAAAGAUAGAAGGAAAUCGAAAUUGGAAAUUCUGCUCUGAAUUUUUGUGUUUGUUUUCUUUGAUUGAUUCUAUAAAGCCAAACAACUAUUUCUCUAACAUAACAAUUUCUUUAUGCCGGUGUUGGAACAAA